UGGGUGUGUUUACAUAGCUGAUGAUGUAAACAGAAAAGACGCCUCAUCCGGAUAAGUCACAUACCAUAAAGGCAGGCUAUCUGUAUUUAUCUCGGCAAUAGUGAUUAAUUUUGGUUUUCCUUGAUAUGUUUUAAUUCAUAGAAACAAGGAGCAAUGGACUUCUACAUCAAUUUGAAGGUGAAUUUCAGGGGGAAUGCGAAGAAUUUUCUCCUGUCAGGUUCGGAGACGAAGAGUUGGGAGUCAAUGGAGGCCAUGGUGAAAAGGUCCUUUGGCCUGUGUAAUCUACAAGUUACUUAUUUUGAUGAGGAGAAUGAGGAGGUAUCCAUAAACAGCCAAAUGGAGUAUGAGGAGGCAUUAAAGAGUGCAUCCAGGCAAGGGAACCGGRUGCACAUGAAUGUGUAUGAGACKAGGGGUCAGCCCARGCGRGUGCCGGCCAAGGCCAGUGGAGGGGAGCCCAAGAYAGGGUUCCGUCCCCCACAGCACUGRCCAACCCUGGCUCAAGUGGUGAGCCGGAAGGUCCAGGCUGCUGUCCCCGAACAGGGCAUGGUGAUCAUGAAAGAACUAAAGGGGACCAAAGAGGAAGAUAAGACACCUCCAGCAUGGUUUACAUCUUACAUGGAGAAGUUCAAAGACCAAGUAGUGAGGGAGGCAGUGGAGAAGAUCUGUAGGGAGUUCUCGGGCCAGUGCUGCAUCCACAAGCCCAUUGGYGCUGAGGCCCAGAUCCCUGAGGUGACCUCCUCCACCCUGCCUGGGGGUCCUAGUUCCACCCCUGCCUGCAGCAGCUGCCGGGGCCAGACCGCUGGGGGAGGAUACCAGUGCAGUGUGUGUACGUCCUGCACACUGUGUGAGCCCUGCAGCUUCUCCCAUGACCCCAGCCACAACCUGGUGAGAGCCAGAACACCCCUCUCCAUCCCUGAGCACGGCUCACCAGCCCCAGACCARAGCAGGUUCUACCGGCGAGGGGACCGGAGCUUCCGUAAGGCGGAGAAGCAGCGUCUGAAGGCUGAGAAGCGUCAGCUGAAGGCGGAGGUAAAGGAGAUCAGGAAGCAGCUGAAGAUGGAAAGGAGGGGCCUGCAGUGGAGUGCCGCCGGAGACGGGAGCUCCUCCCCCGUCCUGCUCCAACCCAGGGCCACCCAGGCCAACAGCCCGGAGCGUCCCAAGCGGCCCUGCCCUCUGGUGGUGCCAGCCAUGACGGCCCUGUUCCUGGACGAGAACCUGCCUGAUGGGACUCGUCUUCGCCCGGGCACCAAGUUCAUCAAGUACUGGAAGAUGAGAAACACUGGCAGCGUGAGCUGGAGCACUGAAACCAAGCUGAAGUUCAUGUGGGGGAAUCUGGCGGUGGCGUCGGGCGACCGCUGGCGUGAGGUGGCUGUGCCUUUCCUGCAGCCAGGUCAGGUGGGCGUGGUAAGUGUGGCACUAUGCGCCCCGGCCCUGGACGGCUCAUACACCUCCCAUUGGCGUCUGGCACACGGUGGGGAGCAGUUUGGCCCUCGCGUCUGGUGCAGCAUUGUGGUGGACCCCCUGGCGCCUGCAGCCGUGAUGGCAGAUGGCGUGCUGGUGUCGCCCUGCGUCACCCCACAGGGGAAGAACCCCCUCUCCACAGAUAAGGGUGGGAAGUCUUGUGCUGUAGCCUCUAGGGAUCAAGCACUCAUGUCAGUGGACCAAGACGAACGAGAAUACUACAUUCCCUCUGUGGACUUGCUCACAGCCCAGGACUUACUCUCCUUUGAGCUGCUGGACAUCAACAUUGUUCAGGAACUAGAGAGCGUGCCCAACAACACCCCAGCAGAUAUGACCCCGUGCAUAUCCCCAUUGCAACAUGACGGUCCCCUGCAGGAGAAGCCCACCCUGCGGUUGAUCCAGGAGGAAGCAGAGGCCCAUCAGGCCCAGGGAGUCACAAGCAUCCAGCCGUCUCAGGGCCUGGGGCCAGGGGCGGAGGGGGGCCGGGUUCCAGCCCAGGAGGAGGGAGAGGAGGAUAUGAGCGGGACUCAGUUUGUGUGUGAGACGGUGAUGCGCUCGCUCACACUGGAGGAGGCCCCAGACCAUACACCCCUGCAUGGGAACUGCCCCGUCAAAGUGGUCCGCCCAGCAGCCCAAGGUGGCUCCGCCUCCUCUUCUCUUAAAGGGAAAGGUGUUGAGAAGCGUUUGGAGGUGAGGUCCGAGAAAACCCGGGACAUAUCCCCCGUGGCCCCAGCCCUAGCACCACCCCAGCUGGCUAUACCAGAGCUGAUGAUGCCAGAUGAGGGACUGGAGUCAGACAUCGAGAGCAUCUGCAUGGACGCCAGAGGGGACAAAGACAAGGGCGAAGAUAAAGGAGAGUUGACAGAGGGGAACAGGGGCGCCCGCAGCCGUUCCUCCUCGGCCUCAUCCGAGGAUUACAUCAUCAUCCUCCCUGACUGCUUCGACACCAGCCGCCCCCUGGGAGAGUCCAUGUACAGCUCCGCCCUCUCCCAGCCUGGCGACGCCCCCGACACACCCACAGACCCCGACCGCCAGGGCCGUACCACUCCCGAGGGGGAGCAAGAUGAAGCAGAAGAGACAGUUUCAGGCUCCAGCAGCGCCAACGAUAUGCUGUGCACCUCCCAGACGUUGGACGCCGUGCCCCUAACCCCUGUGGUGGUGGCACCCCCUCGGCUCAACUCAGCUCUUACACUCAGCCUAGACAGCAAUGAUCAGACCGAGGCAGCAGCAGAGUCCCUGGACAGGACUGAGGUCUACCAGCAGGGAGAGUCAGAGGAUGGUUCCAAGCAGCCAGACAGCCAACCAGACAGCCCAUCUGCUUCUGGUGACUCAGAAGACAACUCCGAAGACCCUAGGCACCCAGGCAUCACUGGAGGCCUGGUAAAGGGAGCCCUGUCUGUCGCAGCAUCCGCCUACAAGGCUCUGUUCACUGGGCAGCCUGGCCCAGUGCAGCCCCCAGUGGAUGGAGCCACCCAGGACACCAUGAUGGGGGUGCUGGUGGAGAUGGGCUUUGGUGACCGGCCUCUCAACCAGCGGCUGCUGAAGAAACACAACUACAACCUGCUGGACGUGGUCAAUGAACUGGUCCAGAUGACCGACAAUGACUGGUACUCCACCCGCUACUGAGGAGAGAGGCAGGAGGAGGAGGAGGAGCUGGGGUGGUGUCAUGGGUUUAACCUCUGAUGCCUUGACCUCUUGUCUCUUCUUACUCUUUUUAGAUUUGGACCAAGUUGACAGGAGAUAUCCUGAUUAUGACCUAGAGACAUUCCCACGGACUUUGGGAUAUUUAGACUAUCAAAUAGCUACAGUAUGUAUGUAUGUAGAUUAAUUUAACAUGGCCGUUUCUGCCUGUUGGCUUUUGCAUAGGAAAGGGGGAGACUGAAGGGGGGUGGAUGAGGUGGGCUACUCUUUCCAGGAGAACACCUUCAUUGCUGUGGUAACAAAUGGCAAACAUAUCACAAGUUGCUAUCGCCAAGCCAUUCCUGUUAAACAGUAUACUCACCCUUGAAGUCAUAGAUUGGAAUACAGGCUGAAUAUGCAGCCAUAGACCAGGUAUAUUCAACAAGAGUUACAGUAUGUGUAAGUUUAGCUGAAGGGGUGUUGGGUGUAAUAUUUAUCACAGAGCCAGAACCAUAUAGGUCUUACGAUAUGAUAAGCUGUGGCAAUAGUCAACAUUGUAUGACGUUAAUCACCUUCAUAGAGUGUUUGAAUAGUGGACACGUCAGGUCCUCGUUCCAAGCGUGAAUGACUGUCAGUGUUGGAGAAUGCUAUGCUUCUUUCAGAUCACAGCAAUUAAACACACACACACCCACAUGCUUAAACCUUUCUCAGCUUAACUGUUCAAAGUAUCAGCGUACUGUAGACAUAUGAUGUGUCUUAUUGAUUCAAGAUAAUCAUUCCCCUACUUUCUGUGAUGUCGUGCCAUGGCUGACAACAUGCUAUGGAUAUUUGUGCGUAAUGGUGUACACAUUAAGUAUUUUUGAAAUGAGGACCAUUACAUUGAUGCAGUCCAUUUAAUUCCAUUUUGAGAGGGUUAUUUAAUCACCAUUCUUAACUAGGAGUAUAUUUGGGUUUAAAAAUAAUCAUGUAAAUAUAAUAUACAAAUGUUUUUUUGUUGCACGUGGAAGACAAAUAUUGAUGCAAACCCAAAAGACUAGCUGCUCAAGAAGUGAAGGACGUAAUCAUUUUUAAGAUCCUGUUGAAGGGAUUUUAUUUAUCAAGAAAUGAAUGAACCUCCUUUACAAAAUGUCUUCAAUCUGCUCUAUAUUGUCCUGAGGGAGGGGGGUUAUUUUCAGAACCAUACAGGGGGCCUGGUGAUCAUGAUAUAUCAAAAGCAUUGACUCGUUCCACUUGGUAUCAUUCUUUAAACUUGGUAUAAUUUUUUACACUUGGUAUCAUUCUUUAAACUUGGUAUCAUUUUUUACACUUGGUAUCAUUCUUUAAAAAAAAUAUACGUCAAGUUCUUUCACUGCUUGAUUUCAGUUUUCAAGUUUUAUGUAACAAGUUUGAAAUGCUUUUAUUAUUUUCCAAUAUGGAAAUGCUAACGUGUUUCAGGUAAUCCUAGGAGGUCAUCUUUGUUGUUAAAAGAGUUUUUGUUUUAGAGUUGAUUGCUUGAGGGCUGUUUUGGAAAUGUAAAGGAAGAUUUGCCUGUGUUCUUCUGGUUGAAGCUUUCUCACGUCAUUGUGCUUGAAUUUCCACUGUUCUAAUAUGUUUAUAUUUGAAGAAAAGAUACUGGAAAGGUUUGCUUAAGUCUUGUACACUAAGGGGAACUUGACAGGGUUGUGAGCAUUGUGAAAAAGAAUUAACACUUAGUGGCCAGUCAUAAUGUAGCAAAUGGAUAUUGGUAAAAAUCAUUAGUACUAUUUUGGUAUAGUAUAGUCUUAAUGGUUCUUAGGGUUUGUCUUACCAAAGGAUGUGUCUGCUAAAUGACUAAAAUGUACAGUCCUACCAGGUGAUGGUAUCUGAUUUAUUGCCACUUAUGAGUCAACUUUUAGGGUGUCAAGGAGAAACGGAAUUCAAGGACAAUAAGGAUUGUGGUCUUUUGAAUUAAAAUGUAAAAGUAAGCUUUGGCCAUAGUGGAAAACUAUAUGUCAUAAAUUAUGGCAGGUUAAUGAAGGUCAGAAACAGUGUGCUUCAUAGAUUUCUCCAUACAUGUACUUGAAACAUUCAUACCUUCCAUAUAUGGGCAGGAUAUUUUCAUAGAGGGUGAAGAAUGAGAACUCCAAAAGGUUUUUGGGGAGGGAUAAUGUGCAGUUUGUCUGAACUCUUUCUGUGUUGCACUUAAAAGACUUGCCUGGAACCCUGACGUUGAAUUGCAUUGAAUUCUAGGUCGGGCAGAAUUUAGCAUUUGAAUCAGGAAAAGUUUAUACUCACGACCUCUACAAGCCAGAAUGUUGAAUAAAAUGAUAUUUUAAUGUACUUUACCGGCAUGCACACAUGAUAAAAAUACAUGCAUUACUUGCCGAGCUCYUGCACGUGUUUACAUGGUUUUGCGCACGCUUCAGGUGAUAGAAAUCUUAAUGUAAUUCUACUUUUCUGUGGAUAUUGUCUCACAUUCCUUCCACCAAAAGGACCAACCACACAGACAACCGGUUAAAGUACGUAAAAACAAUUUUAUUCAACAUUCUGGCUUGUAGAGAUUCAAAAGCUCAUUUCUGCCUACCUAGKAUUCAAUGCAAUUCAAUGUUGGGUUUCCAGGCCAUUAAAAGACAUAGGCUACCUGUGAUGUACAAAUAUCUGUCUCUAAUAAAAGUCACUACACUUA